AUGCAGCGCAUGCACUGCAGCACAUGCACUGCAGCACAUGCACUGCAGCACAUGCAGGGCAGCGCAUGCAGGGCAGCGCAUGGAGGGCAUGGCACCUGGUUGGCGAGGUCGAACUCGAAGACGUGGCGUGUGGACUGCUCCUCUGUGAGCACCUCCCCCGUGUACUCCCCCACCAGCUCUCCCCGCCCCGCAUCGUGCUGCCCUCCCCAGCGUGCCCCCACACACAGCAUGAGGAUUGAGCAUGAGGCACAGAAGGCAGGGAGGCCACAGCACAACAAGCACAGCAGGCACGCACCAGCAGGAAAGCUCCCCAGCCGUCCAGAGGCGAGCACUUCACCUCGACCUGCUGGCACAACAGGUGCAGGACACCAAGUGGAGGGCAGGACACCAGGUGGAGGGCAGGACACCAGGUGGAGGGCAGGACACCAGGUGGAGGGCAGGACACCAGGUGGAGCGCAGGACACCAGGUGGAGGGCAGGACACCAGGUGGAGGGCAGGACACCAGGUGGAGGGCAGGACACCAGGUGGAGGGCAGGACACCAGGUGGAGGGCAGGACACCAGGUGGAGGGCAGGACACCAGGUGGAGGGCAGGACACCAGGUGGAGGGCAGGACACCAGGUGGAGGGCAGGCAGAAUGGCAGAUAGGUAAGAGCAAGGAAAACAACCGAAAACAUAAGGCAGAGGGAGUAGCAGAUAGCAAAGAACAGAAACAGGGACAUGCAGGUGGAAGGAUGGUCAUCCCGUCUCUCCCAUUCUCUACUUCCUUAUUCUCUGAUCUGUACUAUCCACCCUUCCCUCCCUCCCUCCCUCCCUCCCUCCCUCCCUCCCUCCCUCCCUCCCUCCCUCCCUCCCUCCCUCCCUCCCUCCCUCCCUCCCUCGCUAAUCAUCCCAUGGCACGGCACCUGCACGGAGUGGCAGCGGGAGAGCUGCAUGUUGCAGCACGACUUGGCCCUCUCUCCCACCCCGUGCAGUGGCCCUCUCUCUCACCCCGUGCACUGCCCCUCUCUCUCACCCCGUGCACUGCCCCUCUCUCUCACCCCGUGCACUGCCCCUCUCUCUCACCCCGUGCACUGGCCCUCUCUCUCACCCCGUGCACUGCCCCUCUCUCUCACCCCGUGCACUGCCCCUCUCUCUCACCCCGUGCAUUGCCCCUCUCUCUCACCCCGUGCACUGCCCCUCUCUCUCACCCCGUGCACUGCCCCUCUCUCUCACCCCGUGCACUGCCCCUCUCUCUCACCCCAUGCACUGCCCCUCUCUCUCACCCCAUGCACUGCCCCUCUCUCUCACCCCGUGCACUGCCACUCUCUCUCACCCCGUGCACUGCCCCUCUCUCUCACCCCAUGCAGUGCCGGCAGGUGUCGGGGUCGCACUCACGGCCGGCGCGGCGGCAGAUGCACGUGGUGGUGUUGCACUUGCCCUUGCACGCGCACCCGGGGAACCUGUUGGGGCAGUCCUUGCCGCACCUGCCACGCACCCAUGGGGCGAGCGGGGACAGUGCAGUGGUUGAGGGUGCAGGCAACCGACCGCAUGAGAGUAUGUGUGCCACAGGGAUCCAGUGCGAGUGCAACCACUGGACAGCAACACGCCUCCCCCACCAACCCGCUACCUGCACUGCUUCUCGCAAAAGUUCUUUCCCUUGCGGCAGUCACAGCUGCCCCGCGCGCACUCCCCCGCACACGCACAUGGAAUGUAUGCCUCCUGCCAGGCACGAGGGGCCAGGGGGGUCACAAUGGGCGGGCGGAAGGAUGGGGUGCAUCAAGUGUGCAAAGGGCAUUGGGAUUCAGCCAUGUGUGUUGUUGAAACACUGCUGCAAACACCGCCACACACCUCCCAGCAGCACCGUUGCACUCAUCACUCUGCCGGCUGCACUCACCACUCUGCCGGCUGCACUCACCACUCUGCCGGCUGCACUCACCACUCUGCCGGCUGCACUCACCACUCUGCCGGCUGCACUCACCACUCUGCCGGCUGCACUCACCACUCUGCUGGCUGCACUCACCACUCUGCCGGCUGCACUCACCACUCUGCCGGCUGCACUCACCACUCUGCCGGCUGCACUCACCACUCUGCCGGCUGCACUCACCACUCUGCCGGCUGCACUCACCACUCUGCCGGCUGCACUCACCACUCUGCCGGCUGCACUCACCACUCUGCUGGCUGCACUCACCACUCUGGCUGCACUCACGAGUUGGCAGGGGGGGAUGUGCGACCGCUGGUGCAGCAGCGCCUUCACGGCAGCAGAGGGUGGCGCCACCGGCGCUGGCGGUGAGGCACGCAUUGAGAGCAUGCUGGCACGCAUUGAGAGCAUGCUGGCACGCAUUGAGAGCAUGCUGGCACGCAUUGAGAGCAUGCUGGCACGCAUUGAGAGCAUGCUGGCACGCAUUGAGAGCAUGCUGGCACGCAUUGAGAGCAUGCUGGCACGCAUUGAGAGCAUGCUGGCACGCAUUGAGAGCAUGCUGGCACGCAUUGAGAGCAUGCUGGCACGCAUUGAGAGCAUGCUGGCACGCAUUGAGAGCAUGCUGGCACGCAUUGAGGGCAUGCUUGCACGCAUUGAGAGCAUGCUGGCACGCAUUGAGAGCAUGCUGGCACGCAUUGAGAGCAUGCUGGCACGCAUUGAGAGCAUGCUGGCACGCAUUGAGAGCAUGCUGGCACGCAUUGAGAGCAUGCUGGCACGCAUUGAGAGCAUGCUGGCACGCAUUGAGAGCAUGCUGGCACGCAUUGAGGGCAUGCUGGCACGCAUUGAGAGCAUGCUUGCACGCAUUGAGAGCAUGCUGGCACGCAUUGAGAGCAUGCUGGCACGCAUUGAGAGCAUGCUGGCACGCAUUGAGAGCAUGCUGGCACGCAUUGAGGGCAUGCUUGCACGCAUUGAGAGCAUGCUGGCACGCAUUGAGAGCAUGCUGGCACGCAUUGAGAGCAUGCUGGCACGCAUUGAGAGCAUGCUGGCACGCAUUGAGAGCAUGCUGGCACGCAUUGAGAGCAUGCUGGCACGCAUUGAGAGCAUGCUGGCACGCAUUGAGAGCAUGCUGGCACGCAUUGAGAGCAUGCUGGCACGCAUUGAGGGCAUGCUUGCACGCAUUGAGAGCAUGCUGGCACGCAUUGAGAGCAUGCUGGCACGCAUUGAGAGCAUGCUGGCACGCAUUGAGAGCAUGCUGGCACGCAUUGAGAGCAUGCUGGCACGCAUUGAGAGCAUGCUGGCACGCAUUGAGAGCAUGCUAGCACGCAUUGAGAGCAUGCUGGCACGCAUUGAGAGCAUGCUGGCACGCAUUGAGAGCAUGCUGGCACGCAUUGAGAGCAUGCUAGCACGCAUUGAGAGCAUGCUGGCACGCAUUGAGAGCAUGCUGGCACGCAUUGAGAGCAUGCUUGCACGCAUUGAGAGCAUGCUGGCACUGCCACGCACUCUUACCUCUUGA